AUGUCGGAAGUCGAUUGUGAAGCAACCGAUGUGGUGAUUUGCGGCUGUGGCCCAACCGGGGCUAUGUUGUCGGCAUAUCUAGGCCAAAUGAACAUCCGGAACAUCGUACUGGAACGAGGAACAGAGAUCACAACUGAUCCUCGUGGGAUUGCUCUCGACGAAGACGGUAUUCGGCUCUUACAAGGUCUUGGUCUAUAUGAGUCGAUAUAUACCGAAAUCGGAACCUGUAUGAAUAUCUUCAAGUUUAUCGGAGGAACGAAACCGAUAUUGGAUAAACCUGCUUUCAUCGAGAUGGACUAUGCAACAACUGAGGGUGGUACCGGUCAUGUUGGAUUUAUCUGCCACAAACAACCGACGUUGGAGAAGAAGUUACGAGAAAGAAUGGCAGCAUUGGACGCAUGCGAACUACGCUCUGGCUGUGAAGUCACGGCCUUAUCCGAAGACAAAGAUGGAACCUUGUGCGUCUAUCGUGAUUCACAAGGUAAAGAGCGAAAGAUCAAGUCGCGCUUCUUUGUAGGGGCUGAUGGAAAAACUGGAUUCACGCGAAAGCAAUACCUUGAGUCCAGAGGCAUCGUCAUGGAGCAGGCUCACCAGGCAUUUUAUGAGGAAACUUGGGUGGCAUUGAACUGGCGAAUUGAUCUUCCUAAUGAGAAGACGCAUCCCGAUUUUCCACUGUGGAAAUUAGGCUAUACGCCGGAACAGGUCUAUGAUCUUUUCUUUCCUGUCAAUUUCCGGUUUGUUUGUAACCCAAAUAGACCCUCUGUCUGUGGGCGCUUUGGCCUACCAUUGGACCGACUCUGGAGAUUUGAAUUCGUCGUCAUGAAAGACGAAGAUGGAAAUGAGAUGUCGAAGCCUGAAAUGAUCCAAAAGGUCGUCUAUCCUUAUAUUACCCACUCAGGUAGUCGGUACGGUUUACUACAAGAUGUCGCAUUCCCUGAAGAUUGUAUCAAGGUUCUCCGCUGCCGGCCUUUUCGAUUUUCGGCUCGCAGCUGCAACAGAUGGUCCGAUGGCCGUGUCAUCCUAUGCGGUGAUGCUGCUCAUGUAUUUCCUCCAUUUGGUGGUCAGGGUAUCGCGUCUGGGUUCCGAGACGCUGUUUCUUUAGCAUGGCGUCUUGCAAUUCUCUGUCGCAAUCAACCAAGUCACCUCGGCUCCGACGGAAAGGUUCUCCAAGCAUGGUACGAAGAACGCAAGCAGCAGCUGGAGAAGUCCUUAGCAUCAACUAUUGAAAAUGGCGAAUUUGUCAAUGAAAGCAAUCCUCUCAAAAUUAUGCUUCGAGGGAUCUACCUGUGGCUUAUUCAAUUGAUACCAUCCUGGCGCCAUGAGCUUCGACUUGGGCGUCGCAAAGAAGGAAUGGUGCGGUAUAACUAUUCUGAAGGUAUGCCAUUCCUUCCGGAGUUCAAAGGCGGGCUGUGUCUUCCGCAAGUCUACUGCAAAUCAAUUGGAAGUGACGGAAAUGGCAUUUCUUUCACGGAUGAUGUGAUCUUUUCGCAAGAGAAAAAGGGCCUAUUUCAGCUUUUGAUUCUUGCCAAAAGUGUCAAGGAGGCAUUCUCAUCUCUGGACGAUGUGGCCAACAUUGGCGAAAUAUCGAACGGAGAGAUACAUCUUCACGAGACAACACUGUUAGUUGAGGAUACCGCAUGUGACACUCAUGAGAAUGCACCGCAUAUUUUUCGAGUAGCAACUGGGGAAGAGUUCGCAAAGUCGCCUCUAUGCGAGAAACGCCCGAGUCCCGAGUUCUAUGACCCAUUCAUUAUAGGAAAACACUUGGAAGGUAUGAAGUUUGUUCUACUGCGCCCGGACAGAUUCAUUUUCGCGGCUUGUGACAGUCAGGGUGACCUGGAAAUUGCUGUGAAAACCGCUGUAUCAUAUAUGAAAAGAUAA